AUGGGUAGCAGCGAAGAAGGACAAUCCACAAAGUCUGAUAAGUCACCGCAAGCUGCUGCUCCUGUGAGUACACAGAUACAGGAGCAAAGCAAUGUUCAUGUGUACCAUCAUGAUUGGGCUGCUAUGCAGGCAUACUAUGGCCCUAGAGUUGCCAUGCCUCAAUAUUACAACUCGAAUGUGGCACCUGCUCAUGCUCCACCUCCUUAUAUGUGGGGCUCUCCAUCGCCAAUGAUGGCUCCUUAUGGAACACCAUAUCCACCAUUUUGUCCUCCUGGUGGAGUUUAUGCUCACCCUGGUGUUCAGAUGGGCUCGCAAUCACAAGGUCCUGUUUCUCAAGCCACACCUGUUGUUACAGCUCCUUUGAACAUGGAUGCUGCAGCUAACUCACCUGGAAACACGGAUCACGGGUUCAUGAAAAAACUGAAAGAAUUCGAUGGACUUGCGAUGUCGAUAAGCAAUAAUAAAGUCGGGAGCGCUGAGCAUAGCAGUGAGCCUAGGAAUUCUCAGAGCUCCGAGAAUGAUGAUUCUAGCAAUGGUAGUGAUGGGAACACAACUGGGGGAGAACAAUCCAGGAGGAAAAGAAGCCGGGAAGGAUCACUAACCAACGAUGGAAAACCUUCAUCUCUUAGAGAUGAAAGUGAGAAACCCGCAGCGACCAUGGGAACUCCUGUUAUGCCCACAGCAAUGGAUUUCCCACAGCCAUUCCAUGGUGCGCCCCAUGAAGUCUGGAAUGAAAAAGAGGUUAAACGAGAGAAGAGAAAACAGUCAAACCGAGAAUCUGCUAGAAGGUCGAGACUGAGGAAGCAGGCUGAAACUGAAGAACUCUCAGUCAAAGUUGACGUACUAGUAGCUGAGAACAUGACUCUGAGGUCUAAACUGAGCCAACUAAAUGAUGAGUCUGAGAAACUACGGCUGGAGAACGAAGCUUUAUUGGAUCAACUGAAAGUGGCGCAGACGCAAGCGACUGGGAAAACAGAGAACCUUAUCUCUCGAGUUGAUAAGAACAACAACUCGGUGUCAGGGACUAAGAAUGUGGAACAUCAACUGUUAAAUGUAAGUCUAAGAACCGAUUCCGUCGCGGCUAGCUGA